AUGCUAGGGAGCCCCACCAGCUAUGGGUACUUGGAGCUGGGACCUACAGAUGUCCUGGAGCGUAAAGGUUCCCUCACUCUCCGCUCCCAUCACAAGAACUACUCGAAGCCGGUCCUGGUGUAUGGCUGGCAUAUAGACAGAGAAGGAUAUCCCAAAGAUUAUGAUAUAAAUCAGAUUCCUUUUGGCUCCAAAAAUCUGUGCAAUUCAAGUUACCUGAGAUAUGGAACAGAGGAUACUAUGCCUUCGGUGUCAGAAACACAUUCUCAGAUGGUGAAAACUCUUUUCUGUGAAGACUUUGUGGAAAAAAAAAGUUUACCCUUGAUGAAUAAGAACACAGUAGACUUUGGGAUUAUUGAACGGGAUCUUGGAUUGCCCAAAAGAGGCUUUGGAGCCCUCUUUCCUCGACACCCACCAGAUCACCGUAAAAUGGAAUGGAUGACAUCAUAUAAUGAAGACUAUGUUCCUCCCUAUGAUUAUGUGAAAGUUAUUCAGCCUCUCCAAGACAUGUACUCAGUAGUUCACAGAAGAUGCCGUUCUCAGUUCGCUGAUGUUGAAGGUUAUAAAAGACCAGGUAUCCAUUCAUGGCAAGAUGAGAGUGGGAUUUAUGGCAAUUCAGAUUUAAAACAAACACUCUUCCCAUCAGUUAGCCCUAUCCUCCCUUUCCUGAAAUAA